AUGGCCCUAGCAAGUUCCUCUCCUUCACCUACUUCAAGUAGUCAUUCAACUACAUUCCCUACAACUACAGAAAUGACUACAACUUCGAGCACAACCACAUCACCUCCCGCAACUUCAGCAACGAGUUUAGCAUCAAGUUCGAGUAGUUCAACCCCAAAAUCUAAUGGAUCAACUCCGACACCUACGACACCCAGCUCGCCAUCUGUAUCAUCUUCAUCUGCUUCACCUACCGGAGCUACUUCACCAUCUACAACUACUGCGGUUACUACAACUACUAAUAAUUCAAUUGGAAAUUCAAGCACAUCAUCUCCUAGUGUAACAACUCCAGGAACCAGUUCUCCAUCUACUCAGUCUGCUGUAACAUCUUCACCUUCAACUGCAACUCAAGCUCUCAUGGGUGCAUCAUCCCUUUCUUAUGUUUCUUACAUUUUUCCUUUUCUAAUAGUUAUUAUUGUAAUAAUAAUAAUAAUUUAUUUUUACUGUAAAGUAAGUACAAAUUUAAAAAUAUAUUGUAUUUUAAUUUUUCUUCAAUUAUAA